CGUAACGCGCGCUCAGACACAAAACAUCUGCUCGACGCGCUCACACCAGGCUUGGCCACCGAGCGCUGCACGCUCUAUCGUAUUUCCAAGAGUGAAAAAGGUUUAUAUUUAUCCGACUAUUUGGGUUAAAUCUUCAGGCGUCGGCGUACAACAAGGUUUCUGGGAUACAUUACUAAUCUCAUACACUGCAAUAAUGAAAAUAAUGGAAUUGCACUAAAAAAGAACAGUGAUCCAGAUUCAAACCAUGCACAGGAAAUACCCUGGGAGCUUCUCUUGACCUUAAUAUUCAUCAAAAUGGCGGAUUCAACAAGACACCUAUCAAUAUUGACAGUUGGGCUUUUGAUUCAUUUGUCCCAUCAGUACGGCUUUAAAAAUUGCAUUGGAAAUCAAUACUCAAAUAAUCUGACAUUCACUUGCAGUCAACGAGCCGAAAAGCUCAUAUCUCUAAUUGUGGGUGACCUGCCAGCAUCUGCCAUCAACAUCACCAUUGGAAAUAAUAACGUCUCGCACAUACCCACAGAGAGCUUUUUACGCUUUUUCAAAUUGGAAAACCUUUCUAUGGACAGUAACAAUUUGAAGUUCAUUGACGGGCUUGCUUUCCGGAGAAUGCAUCAACUCAGGACUCUCAUCUUGUCUUCCAACCGCCUAUCAAAACUCAACUGCUCGGUUUUUCAGGACCUUUACAACCUCACUUAUCUCUCACUGAAACACAACCUCUUGGAAGACCUCCCCCAGAGCCUCUUCACUUCCACCCCUCAGUUGAACACCUUGAUCUUACGAAAUAACAGUCUGCAUAACUUCUCUGUCGUCGUGCAAUCCGUUUCUUCCCUAAGUCAACUGAAGACGCUAGAUCUUGGCUUUAACUUUUUGACAUCCCUCACUCAUUUAAACAGCUCAUUGCCUAAGAGCCUGACUGAAUUGUUUGUAUGUGGAAAUAAGUUGUUAUCAUUGGCUUGCGCUGAUUCAUUUCUCACGAACAUCAGACUACUAGAUUUAUCAAAGAACGUGGAACUAUCAACUACUGCUUUCAAAGGAGUCGACCUAGCGCAGAUUCGCUAUUUACAGAUGGGUUCAACAAAAGUUAAAAUAUUUGAAUUUUUCAAAGUGACCAACGUUGAUGCUACUUAUGUUGACUUCUCUGACAUGGGCUUAACCGAUCCAAGUCAGAUCAUUAAGCUAUGCACGUUUUUUAGGAAAAGUAAACACACGACCCACAUGACUCUGAAAUUGAAUAGAUUUAAUAUGUUACCAAAUACUUCAUUAACCAACUGCCCUCAAAUCACAGGAACAUUCGACAUCUCCUCAAACAAUCUGAAACAGGUCAAAUGUCUCGAGUUUCUUGAAGGACAGAAACACAUAAAAAGUUUCAAAAUAGAGCACAACCACAUCAAACGACUGUUGUCCUGCAAAGGUACAAAAUAUAAGCUUCCCCUCACAGAGUUGAGCUUUCGUUACAAUCGCAUCCUCUCAGUCAAAUCUGACGCCUUUGCUCACACACCAAAUGUCACAAUUUUAAACCUCAACAUAAACAGCAUUGCUAGUCUUCAUUUCGGAGCACUCAGGGGGCUAACCAAGCUCCAGAUACUCCGUCUGGACAACAACCUCUUGACUGAGUUGUGGAGCAGCACCUUUGAGGGCUUAAGUAGCCUUGAAACCUUGAAUCUUCGCAACAACCGCAUCGCUGUGAUUUUCUAUGGCAGAUUCCAAGAUCUUGGUCGGCUGACUAUCUUGGACCUGGGCGGGAAUAAAAUCUCCCAUAUUUAUGAAGGUGGCCUCAAGGGAUUGAAACGUCUAAGAAACCUCUACUUGGAUGGAAACAACCUUAAACAAAUAGAUAGCAUUGAGUUCGCUCCGUUCCAAAACACCCUGGAAGUGUUGGAUCUACUUAAGAACCGGAUUCGUUUCACUCAUGAAAUUUUCGUUUCUCCUUUUGUGAAUCUCAGCCGUCUCAGGGAUCUUAAACUGGAUGGACAACAGCCCUUCGGUAUAACCCGGCUGCCUCAUGGCUUUUUCCGAGGUCUUCACUCCCUGAGAAAUCUGUACCUUACCAACAACCGCAUCGAUCACCUCGCUUCUGACACCUUUGACGAUCUGACAGGCCUGGCUUAUCUAACGCUAGAUAACUCGUGCAAUGGCUUGGUAAAUCUCGAGCGGGGGAGCUUCAAAAACCUGAGGAAUUUGAAGAGGCUGAGUCUGCAAAAUAUGGGCCUUCAGAAUUUGUCCAAAGAAGUUUUUGGACAUCUUGCCAAACUACAAGGCUUAUACCUUACCCAUAACGUGAUGCAGCACAUUGAUGUGGAGGUUCUGAACAGCCUCAGUAGCCUCAGCUACCUUGACAUAAGAAAGAUUCCACUCAGCUGUACAUGCCAAAACCUAGAACUGCAAAACUGGACGCUUAAUAACUAUAAAGUGCAAUUGAUAUAUUUGCAUAGCCUGCGAUGCAAAGAGAGCAUUGGUAAUUUUUUCUUCAAUUUUGACACAAAGGUUUGUUUUGUAGACCUUGAAAAGUAUAUGUUUUUCGUUACGGCUGCUGUUAUUUUUGUUUCCAUUGUAGUCCCUCUAUUACAUUUCAAGCUAUAUUGGAAAAUGAAAUAUGGCUAUUAUGUGUUCCGUGCCUGGUUCAGCGAACAGUGGCGCAAACUGAGGGAAGACGAGGAAAACUGUGAAUAUGACGCAUUCAUCUCCUAUAAUUUCAACAACGAAGCCUGGGUUCUAGAGCAGCUGCUCCCAAACUUGGAGGGAAACGGCUCCUCGUUCAAACUUUGCCUUCAUCACCGGGACUUUGAACCGGGACGCAACAUAGUGGACAACAUCGUGUCCGCUGUGUAUGGCAGCCGCAAGACGCUUUGUGUUGUGAGCCGGAACUUUCUGCAGAGUGAGUGGUGUUCACUGGAGAUCCAGCUGGCCAGCUACCGGCUCUUUGACGAGCAUCGGGACGUUCUGCUGCUGGUGUUCCUGGAGCAUAUCCCAGAGAGGGAGCUUUCCUCCUACCACCGCAUGAGGAAGGUCAUGUUGAGGAAGACCUAUUUGCAGUGGCCCGGCUCGGAGUGCACCGACCCGGCCAUGGCCCAACUGCUCUUCUGGAAACAGCUCCGGAGGGCUCUGAGGACAGGAAGUAGAAUGGAGGACGAGGACGCAGCAGGCGAAAAGAAAAGCUCUGGGACUGCAGAAGGAGACCAAACCGACUCUGCAGUAAAUCCUACUGCUGAGGAAAUCUAUCAAUGAAAAUAUGUGUAAUUAUCUGAGACAGUUUAAUCAUAUCGUCAAUGAUUGAUGAUUGUUAUAUUUUUAUUUGAAUCUGUUGCCAAAGGUGUUAGUAGACGAUUGGAAUUUUAUUCUGGUUUCUAAAUGUGUAUUACAGACAGCUCAUGUUUUUUUUGUAUUUUCUUUAAAUAGGAUCACUGUGUUGUUUUUGUCAAGCCCCCAGGAGCAUUGCAUACUUCCGCAAUCCACCAGUGCUAAGCGGCCAAGCCUGGUAUUGCACCCGUUUUAGCGGGCUG